UCCCCGCCUCCAACGCUGGAGCUAUUUGGCUAACAAAAUGGCGGCGUUCUUACAGUGGAGAAAAUUCGUCUUCUUUGAUAAGGAUACGGCGAAGGACCCUGUGGACAAUGGGAGAAACUUUGUCCUCCCCAGCGGACUAUCGGCGUGUGACUCCGGCAGGGGUCACAUUGUCCUGGGAGAUAUGGAUGGCAAGAUCUGGAUUUUGACACGUACCCUGCAGCUGACAUCUUUUCAGGCCUAUAAGUUGCGGGUAACACAUCUUUACCAGCUGAAACAGCACAGCAUCCUUGUAUCAGUGGGGCAGGAUGAACACGGUAUCAACCCUCUAGUAAAGGUCUGGAACCUUGAAAAGAGAGACAAUGGAAAUCCUCUGUGCACGAGGAUUUUCCCUGCAAUUCCUGGCAACAAACCGACUGAAGUGUCUUGCCUCAGCGUACAUGAAAACCUCAACUUCAUGGCUAUUGGCUUCACAGAUGGCAGCGUAGUUUUGACCAAAGGCGACAUCACCAGAGAUCGUCACAGUAAAACUCUGACUCUGCACGAGGGAAGCAGCCCAGUUACAGGCCUCGCUUUCCGCCAAGUGGCAAAGGUGGCACAUCUGUUUGUUGCCACUCUGGAGAAAGUCCAUUGCUACACCCUGUCCAUAAAGGAGUAUCCUAAAGUAGAGCUGGAUACACACGGCUGUGCACUGCGCUGCUCCUCCCUGGCAGAUCCCUCCCAGGACUCCCAGUUCAUUGUGGCUGGUGAUGAGUGUGUGUACCUGUACCAGCCUGAUGGACGAGGGCCCUGUUUUGCCUUUGAUGGAUACAAGCUGUUGGCCCACUGGCACCGUGGCUAUCUGUUUUUACUAAUCAGGGACACAAAGUCAUCGAACAAGACAGAGUUUGGUAGCAGGGAGAAUUCUCCGUCUGACAAACAGGUUCUGACCGUCUAUGACCUGGACAACAAGUUCAUUGCCUACAGUGCCUCCUUUGAUGAUGUCAUUGAUGUGGUGGCAGAGUGGGGCUGCUUCUAUAUCCUGACCAGAGAUGGAAAAAUGUUUGUUCUUCAGGAGAAAGACACGCAAACCAAACUGGAGAUGCUGUUCAAGAAGAACCUGUUUGUGAUGGCCAUAAACCUAGCUAAGAGCCAGCACCUUGACAGUGACGGUCUCUCCGAGAUCUUCAGACAGUAUGGUGAUCACCUUUACCUUAAGGGAGACCAUGAUGGUGCCAUCCAGCAAUACAUCCGCACCAUUAGGAAGCUGGAGCCAUCGUAUGUCAUCAGGAAAUUCUUGGACGCACAAAGGAUCCAUAACCUGACUGCAUACCUUCAGGCCCUCCACAGGCAGUCCCUGGCCAACGCAGACCACACCACGCUGCUGCUCAACUGUUACACCAAGCUGAAGGACAGCUCCAAGCUUGAAGAAUUCAUUAAGAGCAGUGAAAGUGAAGUCCACUUUGAUGUUGAAAUCGCCAUCAAAGUUCUCCGUCAGGCCGGCUAUCACAGCCAUGCAGUUUUCUUGGCAGAGAAACACAUGCACCAUGAAUGGUACCUGAAGAUCCAGCUGGAAGACCUCAAGAACUAUCAGGAAGGGCUGCGCUACAUUGGACGUCUACCGUUCGAACAAGCUGAGAGCAACAUGAAGCGUUACGGCAAAACGCUGAUGCACCAUGUUCCUAAAGGUACCACGCUGCUCCUGAAGGGUUUAUGCACCAAUUACCAGCCCAGCGGAGACACUGCUGAGAAAGACAGCCUGGAUAGGGGACAGGUCAAUAAGGCCAACUCUGAGGAAUUCAUCCCCGUUUUUGCCAACAACCCUCGGGAGCUAAAAGCCUUCCUGGAGCAUAUGAUCGAGGUGGACCCCUGUUCUUCCCAGGGUGUUUAUGACACACUGCUGGAGCUGCGACUACAGGACUGGGCCCAUGAACAGGACCCUGUGAGAAAAAGGGUCCUGCAGGCGGAGGCUGUGUCACUGUUGAGGAGUGAUAAUACUGUGUUUGACAAGGCAUUGGUCCUCUGCCAGAUGCACAACUUCAAAGAAGGCGUCCUCUACCUGUAUGAGAAGGGCAAACUGUACCAGCAGAUUAUGCACUACCACAUGCAGAACGAGCAGUAUGGGAAAGUGGUGGAGGCCUGCAAGGACUAUGGGGAUCAAGAGGGUUGCCUCUGGGAGCAGGCGCUGGGAUACUUUGCCAGAAAAGAAGAGGACUGCAAGGCCUACAUCAGUGAGGUCCUCCAUCACAUUGACCAAAACAACCUCAUGCCGCCCUUACUUGUGGUGCAGACUCUGGCACACAACUCGACAGCCACUCUCUCCGUCAUCAAGGAUUACCUCAUCAAUAAACUGCAGAGGGAGAGCCAGCAGAUAGAUGAUGAUGACCGCAAAAUCCGCCAGUACCACGAAGAAACGGCACACCUCCGAUCUGAGAUCCAGGAGCUCAAAACAAGUGCUAAGAUAUUCCAGAAGACCAAGUGUAACAUGUGCAACAGCCCCCUGGAGCUGCCAUCCGUCCAUUUCCUGUGCAGCCACUCCUUCCACCAACACUGCUUCGAAAGCUACGCCGAGAGCGAGGCCGAGUGCCCAACUUGCACACCAGAGAACCGCAAAGUGAUGGAGAUGCUGCGUGCCCAGGACCAGAAACGGGACCUGCACGACCACUUCAACAGACAGCUGCGCAGCUCCAAUGAUGGUUUCUCUGUUGUGGCUGAUUAUUUCGGUCGAGGAGUGUUUAACAAACUGACCCUGGUUACUGAUCUACCUGGCAGCAAAACAGUUGGGAGUCUGGAAGUCAACCUGCAGAGAGACUUUCUCAUCCAAACCAAGAGAAACUUCUAAAACAACCUCAGCUUGUCAUUAUGGUCUGAAGCCUACCUGUGCAGGCACUUUGUGUUCAGUUUGUCAUCAAUGCAGGCUCUCGACAACAUGCUAUGCUGCACGGGAUGCCACUCUACUGCUUUUAGUAACUGUGAUGGACCUAUUUGUUUAAUUGUUUUUCAUAGGUAUUAUUCACUGGGACUGUAUAAAUGUACUUUUGUUUAAAGCAUAUUAUACUGUGUCUAAAAACCUAAAUUACACCUGGGAAACAUUUGCUUUAAUGUGCUUGCUUCUACUAAUUCAAUCCACACAUAACAAUCAAAAAAAUAAUUGUCCGUCUUAAAUGAAAUUAUUUGAUGUAAAUAAACUAAUUAUUAAAUGUA